AUGACACUUUUAUGUUUAAUGAAAGAAUUAUUCUCUGACCAUUGUUCGGACUCCAAAAGGUCUAUGCAGCUUUUUGUUCUCAACAAUCCACAUGUCUCCUUUUUUACUUUAAACUGUGAUAGAUUGGAUCUUAGAGAAAGGAAUCUAACAGCAUCACGCUGCAGCCAUUUAACAAAGCGCUCACAUAUGUAUUCAGCUAGACACAAUGCUGAUGAUUCAUUAAUAAAGACUUUUAAGAUUCCACUAACGUGCUUGGUUUGA